UGCUACGGGAUGACUUCCGCCAAAACCCUACAGAUGUGGUGGUGGCAGCUGGAGAGCCUGCCAUAUUGGAGUGCCAGCCGCCUCGUGGACACCCUGAGCCUACAAUCUACUGGAAGAAAGAUAAAGUCCGCAUUGAUGACAGAGAAGAGCGCAUCAGUAUACGUGGUGGGAAGCUGAUGAUCUCCAAUACAAGGAAAAGUGAUGCUGGCAUGUACACUUGUGUCGGCACAAACAUUGUGGGGGAGCGAGACAGCGAUCCAGCAGAGCUGACUGUCUUCGAACGGCCCACGUUUCUCAGGCGACCGAUUAACCAGGUGGUGCUGGAGGAGGAGGCUGUGGAUUUCCGGUGCCAGGUGCAGGGGGAUCCCACACCCACGGUCCGGUGGAAGAAGGAUGAUGCGGACUUACCGAGAGGAAGGUGA